AAGAGGCACCAACAUGCCCGGUAAACACGUCCCGCAGGACGCAGCUGCGGCUGGACAGCUUUGCAGGCGCUGCAAGACCUCUGAAGCUAGCCUUGUCGUGCGAACUGAGCCACUGUGCAGGGACUGCUUCAUCAGAUAUGUUAGCACAAAAGCCGUGAAACGAAUGGAAUCAUUCCGAGUCAGACAUUCCACCCCAGACCAGACCCGGAAGCUACUCCUCCCCAUGUCCUUCGGAGUCUCAUCAGUCACGUUACUCCACAUCCUCGACUACCAGCUCAAGAACCAAACCGCCAAGACCGGCCGCACCGGCUUCCAACUCCUCGUCGUCCACAUAGACACCUCCGCCGUCGAACAAACCGCCCCAAACCCAUCACUCAUCUCAAACCUCCAAGCCCGCUUCCCCGACCACUCCUACGCCGUCCUCCCCGUCAAAGACGUCUUCGAAGAAACCACAUCAGAUGCCAAGCCUCAAACAUCCGGCCAGCCUGAAGAGCAAGCAGAACCCCACGCAACCUCUACUUCCUCCCACCUCUCCACGCUCCUCGCCUCCCUCCCCUCCGCCACCGCCCUCGCCGACACCAUCACCACCCUCCGCACCCGCCUCCUGACCGCCUACGCCGCCGCCCACGCCUGCGAAGCCAUCCUCUGGGGCGACAGCACGACCCGCCUGGCCGAGAGAACCCUCUCCGAGACCGCCAAAGGCCGCGGCUUCUCGCUGCCGUGGUCCGUCGCCGACGGGCCCACCCCCGGCGGGAUCAUGUUCAACUACCCUCUCCGCGACCUGCUGAAAAAAGAACUACUCUCACACGCCGAGUUCGUACGUCCACCAUUGACGGAGGUUAUGUUUGAGGAAAGUAAGACGGGGGUAGUAUCGACGAGUUCCAAAACCACGACGAUCGACGACCUCAUGCGUGCGUAUUUCGAGUCCGUGGAGGAGAACUACCCGAGUAUCGUAGCGAAUGUGGUGCGCACGGCGACGAAGCUGGAGCCGGCGGGGUUCGAGCAAAGCGAUGCACGGUGUCAGUUGUGCGGGAUGCCGGUGCCGGAGGGGAGGUUUGGGAUCCACGGGUGGGGCGGGGAUCAGCAUGAUGCUCAGGGGUUGGAGGCAGGUGUGCAGAAGGAGGGGCUGUGUUAUGGGUGCACGCGGUCAGUGCCGAGGGGGGUGGGGUUGCCGCCGUGAAACGAUGCGUGGUGGUCGUUGAAAGAAAGCCAGGCGAUUGCCGUUCUGGUACCAAAGCGUAACUGAGCGCCCCCGCCCCGGCGCCGGACGUUUGCGCAGGUACAUCUGCACCACCGCAAACAGACCCGCGGGCUAGAGGCAUGGCGGAGUGCCGACGAGCACGAACACAGCACCCCCUCCGUCGUAUGGUGAUGGCGCGCCCGUCGGAGAGAGAAGAAGGGGCGGGACGAGAGCGGAUGAGAGGAAGGAGGGAGGGAAGGAAGGAAGGAAGGGGAGGAGACGAGAUGAAGUUAGAUAUACGAGAUAAUAAUUGCAGCUGAAC